AUGGAAGUAGCCUCUCAAAACAACGAUCAUUUAGGGAAACGGUGGAAUCAUUUGCGAAAGAUUCUGGAGAGGUCUGGCCCUUUUUGCCACCCAAAUUUUGCGGCUUCAUCGGAAACGUUGGAAUUUCUACUCAAUACUUGCAAAAUUUUAGUGAUCGGUGCCGGAGGAUUGGGAUGUGAAUUAUUGAAGGAUUUGGCCCUAAUGGGAUUUCGCGACAUUCACGUAAUCGAUAUGGACACAAUCGAGCUCUCUAAUCUCAAUCGUCAGUUUCUGUUUCGUCGAACGGAUAUCGGCAAAUCGAAGGCGCAAUGUGCCGCAACGUUCAUUAGUGAACGCGUGCCAGGAUGUGUCGUAACGCCGCAUUUUUGCAAAAUUCAAGACUUUGAUUCCUCGUUCUAUCGCCAGUUUCAUAUCAUAGUGAGUGGACUGGAUUCAAUUGUUGCUCGCCGGUGGAUUAACGGGAUGCUUAUAUCGAUGUUGGAGUAUGAAGAAGAUGGCUCGGUUGACGAAACUUCCAUAAUUCCCCUUAUCGAUGGAGGAACAGAAGGAUUCAAAGGCAACGCUCGUGUGAUUUUACCUGGAAUGACGGCAUGCAUCGACUGCACGUUAGACUUAUUUCCUCCUCAGAUUAAUUAUCCGUUAUGCACCAUUGCGAAUACUCCUAGACUGCCAGAACAUUGCAUUGAGUAUGUGAAAAUUAUUCAAUGGCCUAAGGAGACUCCAUUUGGAACUGAUGUGACACUGGAUGGCGAUGAUCCUCAGCACGUCUCAUGGGUGUACGAGAAGGCACAGGAGCGGGCAAACACGUUCAAUAUAACUGGACUGUCGUAUCGUUUGGUGCAAGGGGUAUUAAAGAACAUCAUACCGGCGGUUGCUAGCACGAAUGCGGUGAUUGCGGCUGCAUGUGCAACGGAGGUAUUCAAGAUUGCUUCCAGCUGCUGUGAACCAUUGGUCAAUUACAUGGUAUUUAAUGACGUUGAUGGAAUAUACACGUAUACCUACGAGGCAGAAAAGCGAGACGAUUGUCUGGCUUGUAGUCAGGUGCCACGACUUGUGGAAGUAGCGGAUCCGAAUGGCAUGACAUUACAGGAUCUUAUUACACAUCUUUGCGAAAGUCCUGAGUUUCAAAUGAAAAGUCCAGGAUUAACAGCAGUUUUGGAUGGUAAAAAUAAAACGCUCUACAUGGGAACGAUCAAGAGCAUUGAAGAAGCCACGAAAGGGAAUCUCACGUUGUCGCUCAAUGAGCUUGGAUUGAAGGAUAACCAACAGAUCAUGGUAGCAGACAUUACAACACCGAAUACAAUCCUUAUUAAACUAAAGUUUCAACCAAAUGAGGUAGAAAUGAAAUAGGUCUUAUUAAUCUACAAUUUCUG